CGCGCGAUAACCUUCCCCCCGUCUCAGCUAUGUAGUCCCGUUCCGCGAUGCAAACGCGCAUGCGCUUUGCCGAUAUGCCUGGCGGAAGAGCGAAGGCCGUUUUUUUUUUGUCUCCUACGUUAUGCUGCUUUUGACGCUCGGCGUUUCGUGACUCAUAAAAAUACGAUGUUGUAACUGCGCCUUAAAAAGGUUCCUUAUGGAAGAUCUAAUUCUAGAAAUUCAGAAUUAUCCAUGUAUAUAUGCAACGGAUGCUGAAGAUUAUAGAGACAACAUGAAGAAAGCUGUUUGCUGGGAAACCAUAGCUGCCAGACUGAACCGGAGUAGUGCUGAAUUGAAAAGAGAAUGGAAAAAUGCGAGAGACUGCUACAGACAAGCUCUUUCCAUACGCAAGAAUAGGAAUAAUAUGAAGCCGUGGCGAUACGAAAAGAUAAUGGAAUUUGUGAAGCCAUACUUGAAACCCAAAAGGAACAGUGAGGAAAUCACUAUUUACAGUGAUUGCUUCGAAGCAAUAGACGAUGUGAUUAUCAAAUCGGAAGUGACAACCGAUUUUGAAGAAGAACUGAGUGCAAGUGAUUGUAUCUCCGAAAAUCCUCCGAUUGAAGAACCACCAGCUUCUCCUCAGCGGACAAACAAACGAAAACGUCAUUCUAGCGACAAUGACAUCCAGCCUAUUAUCAGCCAUGUGGAAAACACUGUGGACAAAUCGUACGAGCAAAAGCACCUGGAACUACUACAGAGCCGAGAAAUUUCCAGACCAUCCAGAGAUUUAGAGCCACAAAAUAAAAUUAUAACCUUUACGGGUAAAGAACCGAACGAUUUAGACCUCUUCUUUGCCAGUAUCUGUGAAACAGCCAAAGCAUUGCCAAGGAAGUACCAGAAUAAGAUUAAAAGAGAAGUGCUAGAAAUCGUAACAAAAGCAGAAGAGGACUGUGAAACAGAGACAAUUCUUCCGUAAUUUGGCACAAUGGGUUGCCGACGUCUUUUGGAACUUCUGAGAAAGUUUAAAAGAUAAUAAAAACCAAUUUUGCUACUUGUUUA